GUGGUGUGUUACGUGUAGAGAGAAAACGAGUCAAAUGACGCUAGUGCUCGUCGACGAAUGACAAAAUCCUUCGUGGGUGAGAGAGAGCACCACAAUUGAAAGCUGAAAGAAAUGGCGGGAGGAGUUGGCGGAGGAGGCGACGGAGCCACCGACAGCAAGAAGGGAUUAGAAGGCACGGGCUUGGAUUUACCAGAGAAUCGUCAUGACAACCUAAAUAGUGCUUCCAGCGACCAAAACCUCAAAGACCUUGUUCUUCAGAUCAAGUCCUGCAAAUCCCCUGCAGUUAUCAAUUAUGGUGCGUCUUGGUGCCGUGUGUGUGUAGCCAGAUCCUUCCUGCAUUCUGUCAUCUGAGUAAUAGUUUCGCCAGGCUCUCCUCUAUGCGGACAUUGAUGAAUGCCACGAAACAACCCAGCAUAUUCACUACACCCCCACCUUCCAUUUCUACCGGGAUGGCGAAAGGGUUGAUGAGAUGUUUGGUGCUGGAGAAGAGCGGUUGCAUGAUCGGUUGUGGUUGCAUUCGUGAAU